AAGCCCCGUAAAGCUUGUUUAUUUGUGGAGCAGAUUGCUUGCAGAAGUCAGAGGGUGACAGCAACUCGAUACCUAGCAUUUACUCUUACAGCGUUGAUGUGCUCACUAUGCUCACUCUCGCCAUGCUUUGAGCCCACAGUUUACCUUUCCGCAAAUUAACAAGCCUCGGAAGACUACAAUUCCCAGGAAGCCUCACUGCAGGCGACGUCAACGUGCCGUAGCGGUUAGUCAUCCUUCCUGAUACUUCCUUCCACUUCCUGGAGUCGGAACCCGAGGCUUCGCGGGGGCGCGCACUUACGGACUUACCUAGCCGACCAGGCACCGGGGCGCGCGACCCCUGACGAGGAGUGUCGUCGUCACGUGACACAGGGGCGUACUUUUCUUGCCAAGCGCGCUCCGGUGCGCGUCCCCAGGGGGUGGCUGUCGGGCGUACGGGCUGGCUGGGUCCUCAGACCGGGGCCCGGAUUAGCCGGUGGUUGCCGGGGCCACGAGGCCAAAGAACCAGGAGGGCGGGGUCGGCUGUGGCACCGCGGCGACGACACACCGAGCGAGCGCCUGGGCCUGAAGGGGACGAUGCUGUGGUUCCAGGGCGCCAUCCCGGCGGCCAUCGCGUCUGCUAAGAGGAGCGGCGCGGUCUUCGUGGUGUUCGUGGCAGGGGAUGAUGAGCAAUCUAUACAAAUGGCUGCAAGUUGGGAAGAUGAAAAAGUGACACAAGCAUCAUCAAACAACUUUGUUGCUAUUAAAAUUGAUACUAAAAGUGAAGCCUGUCUGCAGUUUUCACAAAUUUAUCCUGUAGUAUGUGUUCCAUCCAGUUUCUUUAUAGGAGACAGUGGAAUCCCUUUGGAAGUAAUAGCGGGGAGUGUUUCUGCAGAUGAGCUUGUUACAAGAAUUCAUAAAGUCCAACAGAUGCACUCGUCAAAAGGUGAAGCAUCAGUGACAAAUGACAACCAGUCAGAAAGUUCAGUAUCUACCCCAUCUGCCUCAUUUGAACCUGAUGUAUGUGAAAAUCCCGAGUCCAAAAAUACAGAGCUUUGUGAGACACCAGCUACCUCUGACACAAAGUCAGAUACUGCAACAGGAGGAGAAUGCACAGGUCAUGACAGCCACUCUCAGGAGCCUCAUGGAUGUUCAAACCAGAGACCAGCCGAGGACCUCACCGUCAGAGUAGAAAGCAGACUAACAAAAAAACUUGAAGAAAGGAGAGAAGAGAAGCGGAAGGAAGAAGCACAGAGAGAGAUUAAGAAGGAAAUUGAAAGGAGAAAAACUGGAAAGGAAAUGUUGGAUUAUAAAAGAAAACAAGAAGAAGAAUUAACAAAAAGAAUGUUAGAAGAAAGAAGCAGAGAGAAGGCAGAAGAUAGAGCGGCUCGAGAGCGCAUCAAGCAGCAGAUUGCCCUGGAUCGUGCAGAAAGAGCUGCUCGUUUUGCAAAGACAAAGGAAGCAGAAGCUGCCAAAGCUGCUGCCUUGCUGACCAAACAGGCAGGAACGGAAGUCAAGAGAGAGUCUACAGCACGAGACAGAAGCACCAUUGCAAGAAUUCAGUUCCGGCUGCCUGAUGGUUCUUCCUUUACAAACCAGUUUCCUUCUGAUGCUCCUCUAGAAGAAGCGAGGCAGUUUGCUGCACAGGCAGGACGGCCAGCCACAUCCAUUGUCCACUCUUCUAGUGGAGACAUUUGGACAUUACUGGGGACGGUGCUUUAUCCAUUCCUGGCCAUAUGGAGAUUAAUUAGCAAUUUUUUAUUUAGCAAUCCUCCUCCUGCACAGACUUCAGCAAGAGCCACAUCCACAGAGCCUUCAAACUCUGCAUCAUCCAGCAAAUCAGAGAAAAGGGAACCAGUCCGAAAAAGAAUGCUGGAAAAACGAGGGGAAGACUUUAAAAAAGAAGGGAAAAUAUACAGACUGAGGACUCAAGAUGACGGUGAAGACGAGAACAACACUUGGAAUGGAAACUCCACGCAGCAGAUGUAGGGUAGCGAGCAGUGCAGAUUCUCACUGUUUCCUUAGGACUCCACUCAGCGAGACUGCUGCUGGAGAAGUGGGUCAGCUUUAUGUUUUCAGACCGUGUAUAGUCUUUAUUUCUGCUAAGAGGUUUUGAGUUAAGUUGUUUAACCUGAAAAAGUCAAACAUGAAAUAGCUGGAUGCUAGGUCCUUGUGUAGGGUAACCAGCUGUUGAGCCUAGAAGAAUCCCAAGGCCACCCUGCCACCACCGCUCCUACUCAGACUCCACAGCCCCUAGCCCAGUGUUUCAUUUAGGAUACUUUUUGCUGCAAGAUUCUCAAGCCACACACAGUAACUGGUAUGUCACUGAGUAGUCUGAGCCCCGAGCACCUCAGCGAGCUAAUCAGGUGAUAACUGAUGUUUAGCGUUUCUCUUUGCACUCAUCAGCCUCAAAAACAAAACAAAAAAAAAAAAUCUUGUAGUUUUUGAUCUUACUUAAAUAUCAAAUAAAAAAAGUUUCCAAAAAACCAGAAUGAUCUUAUUUUUGCUGUAAGCAUCUUUGUUGUACAGGGCUGUAUCGAGGUCACUUUUGUCUGACUUUUUCCUCCCAGUGCUGCCCUGAAGAUGUCAGCAAAAUAACUGAGUACCUUUAUUUAGAAAAAUAAAAUGUAGAAACUCUGUGUCCUAGGUUACUGAUGCAUCUGUUUUAUAACCUGUUCUCAUCGAUGCCAGGCAGAUGAGAAUGGCCAGUCUGCGGCUUAGAUUGCUCACUAAUAUUCCUGCUGAAAUCUCACAUGCAGCAGUCACACUUGCCAGGCCAAAGUCCAGUACUGUAGGACUAGGGUAGAGAGGAGACACUUCACCCCCAUUAUUCCUGAAAGUUGUGAUGUUUGAACCGUGGGGUAUGUUUUGCUGUACUUCUGGUUUUAAAAUGGAAAGUCAACCUGACCCUGCCUGUGUCAGACAGGAAGAACUCCUCUCCCCUGCGGAGUAACACGCGUGUUGCGUGUGAGCUGUGGUGCUGGCGGGAAGCAGGGGGCAGCUAAAGUGCUGGAGUAACAGAACCUUCCUGAAAACAUGCCUAGGAACUUUAAAUAUUUCAUAUUUUGACACAAUAGCUUUUUCUAAGUAAUGAUCCUCAUUGCAGAAGUUUAGCUAUGAAUAGUCCUAAUAUUAGUUAACUUAAAAACUGAAAACAACAAAAUGCCUUCUGUGGAUGUAAUUCCUGUUGAGAAAUGGAACAUACUAAUCCAGCACAUGUUUAUUGAAUGUCUGCUAUGUUGGUGGAAAGAAGGCAGGAAGCAUAGCUGUAGGCACAGGAUGAGUUGAGCUUUGUAAAUUGUGUGUGUAGAGGGCAGCGUGCUAAUGUAUAUGUAAAGAGAAGAACACGCUAAUGAUGUAUGUCCUUGGAGUUCUCUUGCAGUCUUCUGCAUUGAUCACAUUUGUUAACACUAUUUAAAGAAGUUGUUUGCCAGGCAUGGUGGCUCACACGUAAAAUCCCAGCGCUUAGGAAUCAGGUGCAGGAGUUUAAGGGCCAGGCUGGUCUACAUAGCAAGUUCAGGCCAGGGCUACAAGGUCAACAACAACAACAAAAAUGCAAGCUUUUAAAACUUUGUAGGAACCAUCUCAUCUAAGAUCCAGUCAUCUAAAAACACAGCAAGCUGGGCGUGGCAUCUUGUUCCUGUACAGUACUUGGGAGAUGGGGCAGGGCUCUCAAAGCUCAAGGUUAUCCUCAGGUCCAGGCUCAAGUCCAGCCUAGGCAGAGUGAGAUCUGUCUCUGCAAUAACGAGGCAAUAUAUGAGUUUUAAGAAAUACUUGUUAAUGGUAUGAAUCCUGGAAAAACAUUAAUUACCUCAAGUCAAUUUGUCUUGAAGAAAAUCAAAUACAAGUCUUAAAAUGUCCAUAGUUCAUGUGUGAGUAACAGGAUCACUCUUCAACGUUAUCUCUUUUAAAAGUACACAUGGAGCUGGGCGUGGUGGCGCAUGCCUUUAAUCCCAGCACUAGGGAAGCAGAGGCAGGUGGAUUUCUGAGUUCGAGGCCAGCCUGGUCUACAAAGUGAGUUCCAGGACAGCCAGGGCUAUUCAGAGAAACCCUGUCUCCAAAAAGCCAAAAGAAAGAAAAAAGUACACAUGGUUGAAAAAAACCCCAGAAUGUAAGAAAAGGGUGUCUCUGUCCCAGCGUCCUACCCCACUGCCACUACCCAGAGGUAACCUCUAGUCAUAAUUUCUAAUGUCAUUUUUAGAAAAAUUUUAUGCAUAUAAUCAAAUAUGUAAUCUUUAUUUUUAAAUAAAUGGGAUCAUAUUGUAUGUACUA